AGAAGCUCUGCCACCCGUCCACACAUUCCUGUGAUAGAUCGCAUUCAUGCAGCUGGCUACUGAAUGCGCGUUGUGCUGCGUAGGACACGUAUGGCGAGCUAGCCUACAGAUAAGCCUGGGGAAUGGUUUCAUAUGCAUCCGGCUCGCGCAGGUUUCUGGCAUCGAGCAGUCUGCGAGAUCUCGAUUCGUCUGGAAGACAUCGCUACUACCCCAGCCACAGUACCCAUUGGGUAUUUAUCUGCUCCCUUGCUGAAGCUGGAAUGUGCAGCUCGAUCGGUUAGCGCUACGAGUCCUCGCUGAAUCCAGCCAAAUGAUCCCCUUGAGCUUGCCAGUUAGAGCACGGUGAGUCAGCAAAGAUUAAAAUAGCCUCCGCACCUAAUAUAAUGCUGGCCUUCCGUCAGAAGUAACAGCUAGCUAAGAGAAGCACAAGAAAAAUCUGGUAGCUUGAGUUCUGACUCGAACUCAGAGAUGGCUUAUGCAAGCCCCGGGACUGAUGAUACGUCGACAGAUCUAGAUACUGACGAGAAGAAUCACAUGUUGGAGCUAGGGCAGCUUGUGUCCCUUACAGCUUCUGAUUCCGGCAACAAAGCAAAGGACAAGCUACUAGGUCAAAAGGCACUGCGCCGUCUGGCCCAGAACCGUGAAGCUGCUAGGAAAAGCCGUCUAAGAAAGAAGGCAUACGUUGAGCAACUUGAGAAUAGCAGGCUGAAACUUAGCCAGCUGGAGCAGGAACUCCAGCGUGCUCGCCAACAGGGCAUCUUCAUUCCUACUCCGGGAGACGACCAGCAGCCAAACUCUACUAGUGAAAAAGCAGGUGCUUUGGCGUUUGACAAGGACUACGCUGGAUGGGAAGACGAGCACAGGAAGCAGAUAAGCGAGCUGAGGGCCGCGCUCAGCGCACACGCCGGUGACGACGAGCUCCGGCGCAUCGUGGACGGCGUCAUGGCGCAUCACCACGAAGCGUUCAGGCUCAAGUGCGUGGCAGCCAGGGCCGACGCCUUCCACGUGCUGUCGGGGAUGUGGAAGACCCCCGUGGAGAGGUGCUUUAUGUGGCUGGGCGGAUUUCGACCGUCAGAGAUUCUAAAGUACAGUUCCUCGCAAGCCAUCUGGACCCCCUCACCGAGCGGCAGCUCGCGAGCGUACACGGCCUGCAGCAGUCCUCGCAGCAAGCCGAAGAGGGCAUCUCGCAGCGGGUGCAAGCGCUGCAGCAGUCGGUCGCGGAGACCCUCGCGUCGUCAGGGUCCCCGUGCCUGCCUGUGCCUGCAGGUCGUGCUCCUCCGCCUGGCGACGACGCCGCUCCAGACUGCUCGGGGACGAUGGCGGCGGCGGUUGCGAAGCUUGUCGCUCUUGAAAGCUUGGUGCAUGAGGCUGACGGUCUGCGGAGGCAGACUCUUGAGCAGAUGCAGCGCGUGCUGACCACCCGCCAGUCCGCGCGGGCGCUGCUUGUGAUCAGUGACUACCUUUCCCGGCUACGCGCUCUGAGUUCUCUCUGGAUCGCACGACCACGGGAAUGAAUUCAGCUCGGCUUAUGUAUCUUUGUUUGACCCGGCCGUGGAGAAAAAUAAGAAUCGAAGAUGCCUCCGCUCCUUCCAUCAUCACUGCAUGUAAUUGUAAUCUGAACAUCAUUAUAAACAGCCGUAACCGUUGGCCAUCAUCAGGGUUAAAGACGCA